AUGCUGGACCCCCGUUCUCUCGUGGCAGAAGCCGAAAAACUCGCCAAGCCUCAAACAGGAUUCUUCUCCAGUUUUCUAGGUGGAUCGUCUUCGUACCGUCUCGAGGAAGCCUCUGAUCUCUAUGUUCAAGCAGGAAAUAUCUACAGAUUGAACAAGGACUUUAGUCUGGCAGGAUCUCAAUUCGUCAAGGCAGCAGACUUGCAAAAGCAACUCAACAACCAGAACGAUGUGGCCAACCACCUUAUUGAGGCCUAUAAGUGCUUCAAGUCGGUCUCUCCCACAGAUGCAAUCGAUGCCUUGUCGAAAGCCAUCCACAUUUUCUUGACCAACAACGGUCAGUUUAGAAGAGCUGCCAACUUCCAAAUGGACUUGGCUGAGUUAUACGAGCAAGUGGGUGAUACAAAGAAUGCCACAGAAAGUUAUGAAAAGGCGGGUGACUACUUUUCUACUGACCACGCUGAAGCGUUGCUGAACAAGGCAUACUUAAAGUGUGCUGACUUGAAUGCGGCCGCGGGCCAGUACGAGAAGGCUCGCGGUAUGUAUGACUCAAUCAUCAAGAACUCUUUAGGCAACAACUUGACCAAGUGGAACUUGAAGGACUACUUCUUGAAGAGUCUCUUGUGCACUUUAUGUAUGGACGAUGUUGUGGAAGCUCUGAAACGUAUCAAUCUUUAUGGCGAGGAUGAGCCUUCUUGGCCAUCUACCAGAGAGUGCAAGUUGGUACAAGAUAUCUUGGACUCCAUUGACUCCGGUGAUGUCCAGGCCUUCUCCGACAGGGUAUAUGAAUACGACCAGUUCUCCAAGUUGGAUAAACUCAAGACGCAGUUGUUGCUUAAGAUCAAGAACUCGGUCGUGGACAAGGAUGAGGAUGACUUGACGUAG